CACACAAGUUUAUAUAUGCAAAUCCACAAAACAGGAAAGCAGAAACCUGUUUCUGAGGCAGAAAUCCAGGGAGCCCUUGCUAGGGGUGAAGGGCUGUAUGGGAGCCCCUAAAUGGCCUGUAUCUCAGGCAGAUUCUGACAUGGAAUUGUCGAAAAUGUCAGACAUGACAAAGCUCCAUCAGGCCGUGGCAGCAGGCGACUACAUUUCAGUGAAGAAGAUUUUGAAGAAAGGUCUCUGUGACCCAAACUACAAGGAUGCGGACUGGAGCGACAGGACGCCACUCCACUGGGCGGCGAUCAGAGGCCAAAUGGAGGUGCUACAUCUCCUGAUACAAUAUGGAGCCAGACCCUGCUUGGUAACCGACGUGGGCUGGACCGCAGCUCACUUUGCGGCUGAGUCCGGCCAUCUGAACGUCCUCAAGACUCUGCACGCACUGCCUGCUGCCAUUGAUGCUGCCGACUUCUUCGGAGAUACACCCAAGAGGAUCGCGCAGAUCUACGGGCAGAAAGCCUGUGUGGACUUCCUGGAGAAAGCAGAACCAGAAUGCCGGGACCACCGCCAGAGAGGCCUGUUGCUCGAUGAACAGGACCCAGAUUGGGACCUCAAGAAAAAGGAGCUGGAGCUGUCUCUUCCCGCCCCGGAUCCAAACACCAACAGAAAGAAUAAGAAAAUCCGAGGCUCCACCAAGCUCAGCCAUUCCAAGGCCUGGAGGUUAUGAGAAGGGAAGCCUGGGGACAGACUCAGGCAGACCUAGGACCCAGCACGGAGCCAGAGUUGUUGCUAGGCUUCCUCGUCUUCACGGGAUUUGUCUUCACUGGAUUUGACCCAGUCACCCUUACCCAGGCUUCUACAGAAAGUCACAGCAAACCAUUCAGUUGGAAAGUCUUUCUGCAGUGUUCUAUCAGAGCCAAUGUCUCAGUGGCAACCCAGAAGUUUGACCCUGAGUGGACCUAGCAGCCUGCAGCCUACAGCCAACAGCUGCUUGCAUUUUGUUUAAGUGGAGUUUCAGCAUGCCCCGCCCCUUACCUACUGACAUCCCACAUAGUUACAGAAUGUUCAAGAUCAAAGAAAGAGCUCUUCCAAUGUAAUUGAUUAGUCUGGGGCAGAAAAAAAAAAAGUGAAAUUAAAAACAAAACAAAACUCUUUAAAACUUCCCAGUAUGAUGAAUUCAAUUCAUGAGUAAAAUUAUUUUUGGUCACAAAGACUAAGUAAAAGCAAACGCUCUCACAAUGUUUAGCAUUUUUUUUCUUUUUUUCUUUGUGGGAGCCCACAGUGCCAGCAUUGGCAAAUUUCCCUAUCAUCCACCCACCUAGGAGCAAUGGUAUGUGCGUGCGAUGGACCCACUUGGUGUGAGACAACUGGAAAGCCUGGCAUGAAGGGACUCUGCCCCACCUAACUGAGCAUGGGCAGAAAAUGACGAAACAUGGCUUUGUUGGUCUAGUUUUCCAGUUGUAGAAUUCACAAAAGUUAGACCAGGUAUUUCCACGAAAUGUAUAGCAUCUAUCGAAGUUUUGAAGACAGCACAAGAAAAAGUUAAUUGCCUUGUUAUCAGCUUUUAAUAUUGAUUUGCUGAAAUAUGUCAGAUGUUUUAAUGCCGAGU